AUGUCGCGCAAGGACGACUCCAAGGCCAAGGACGCCAUCGUCACCGUCAACAUCGACGACUUUACGCGCACACGCGACAACGUCAUUGUCAGCCUUGCCACGCUGCAGUCCGCGGUGUCGGACCUGUCGCGUGCGUACAUCAACCAUGCCAACACCGUGCUGAACCGCGGCCCCAUUACCGUCGAGAGCAGCCUGAGCUCUGGACUCGCCGGGGGCCUUGCAACCACCCUGCUUGAGAAUGGCCUGCUGGGCGCCGGCUUGCCGCGCCACUCCAGUCCACCUGAGGCCACCAAGCCUGAGGUCGGCGACAAGAAGAAGCGCAAGCGCGCGCCGCCUGACCCCAAUGCUCCCAAGCGCGCCUUGACCCCGUACUUUUUGUACAUGCAGCACAACCGUUCGCAGAUUGCGUCCGAGUUGGGCCCUCAGGCAAAGCCCAAGGAGGUUUCCGACGAGGGCACCAAGCGCUGGGCUGAGAUGCCCGAGGAGGACAAAGCGGUCUGGAAGAAGCUCUAUGCCGACAACCUUGCUGUCUACAAAGCCAAGAUGACCGCUUACAAGGCCGGUCUUCCUCUCCCAGAUGACGACAACGCCAAAGCCGACAACCAGCUGCAGCAGAGCGUUGCUGCCGCCGAGGCCGAAGCCGCUGAAGACGACGAUUCCAGCUCGAGCUCUAACGAGGACGAGUCUUCAGAGGAGCCUGCCAAGGAACCCACCCCUCCCCCCAGUGGCAAGCGUCGUCGCGUCGGCGCCAAAGCAGCCAACAAUGUGUCGACUCCUGUGUCAGCCAAGAAAGCCUCGCCCGAGAAGAAGAAAACUCCUGCUCCCAAGAAGACCGAGACGAAGGAGGUCAAGGAAGCCAAGGAGCCUGCCUCCACGCGCAAGUCCCUGGGCACUUCGGCCGACGGCAAGCCCAGCAAGAAGAAGCGCAAGAGCGACAUCGACAAGCUUGUCAUAUCCCAGCUGGGUUUCUUGGCCCAACGCCGGCUUGCGCGUGGAGUCCGCUUGAACCAUGCCGAAGCUACCGCCUUGAUAUCUUCGAACCUGCAGGAACUGAUUCGCGAUGGAAAUCAUACUGUGGCAGACCUAAUGUCCAUUGGCAAGACAAUGCUAGGCCGUCGACAUGUUCUUCCCUCGGUCGUCUCUAGUCUUGUCGAGAUGCAGGUUGAAGGAACGUUUCCUACGGGCACCUAUCUAGUCACCAUCCAUCACCCUAUUAGCUCAGAAGACGGCGACUUGGAAAAGGCCCUGUACGGCAGUUUCCUACCAAUCCCACCGCAAACUGCAUUUCCAGAUCCAGAUCCUCAAGACUACAAAGCUGAAAACCAGCCAGGCGCUGUGAUUGUAGUCAAGAACACACGCAUUGCGCUCAACGGUGGUCGGAAACGCAUCAGACUCAAAGUGAUGAGCAAAGGUGAUCGACCAGUUCAGGUUGGAUCCCACUACCAUUUCAUUGAAACGAACCCACAGCUUCAUUUCGACCGCGUGAAAGCGUAUGGUUAUCGCCUCGAUAUCGCGGCCGGCACUUCGGUUCGCUUCGAGCCUGGCGAUACCAAGACCGUCACUCUAGUUGAAAUUGGCGGUAACAAAAUCAUCAAUGGUGGCAAUUCACUUGCAUCCGGGAAAGUCGAUACCAGCCGAGUGGACGAGAUAUUGCUUCGACUACAGCAGGCUGGGUUUGCGCAUACCCCCGAGCCUGCCGGAGGAGAUCUGGGCCCUAUUAAUCCCGGUUCGAUGGAUCGUGAAGCAUACGCGCGGAUGUUUGGUCCGACAACUGGUGACAUUGUCCGGCUGGGGGCUACUAAUCUUUGGAUCAAGGUUGAAAAAGACUGGACCACGUACGGAGACGAAUGCACCUUUGGCGGAGGAAAAGUAUUGCGCGAAGGCAUGGGCCAGGCUUCGGGCAGAAGUAGCAAAGAUUGCUUGGAUACAGUCAUCACAAAUGCACUAAUUGUUGACUGGAGUGGUAUAUACAAGGCCGACAUUGGCAUCAAGGACGGUAUAAUUGCCGGGAUUGGCAAGGCUGGAAAUCCCGAUGUGAUGGAUGGUGUUCACCCGGACUUGCUGGUGGGAUCUUCAACCGAUGUCAUUGCUGCAGAAAACAAAAUAGUCACUGCAGGUGGUUUCGAUACGCACAUUCACUUUAUUUGCCCGCAGCAGGUCAAUGAAGCCAUCUCGUCUGGAAUUACUACCAUGCUGGGCGGUGGAACAGGGCCAAGUACUGGUAGCAAUGCUACCACAUGCACCCCAGGCCCCAAUCACAUGCGCCAGAUGAUGCAAGCCUGUGAUGCAUUACCGGUCAAUAUUGGUAUCACCGGGAAAGGAAAUGACUCUGGCAAGCAGAGUCUUCGAGAGCAGUGUCUUGCUGGCGCUGCCGGGUUAAAACUACACGAGGACUGGGGAAGCACUCCGGCUGCCAUUGACUCCUGUCUUGAAGUAUGCGAUGAAUUCGACGUUCAGUGUUUGAUCCAUACGGACACCUUGAACGAGUCUGGCUUCGUCGAGCAAACGAUUGGGGCAUUCAAAAACCGCACGAUUCACACUUACCACACAGAGGGUGCCGGUGGUGGCCACGCGCCCGAUAUCAUCUCUGUCGUUGAACAUUCCAACGUGCUACCCAGCAGCACAAACCCGACCCGACCUUUUACUCUCAACACGCUCGACGAACACCUGGAUAUGCUGAUGGUCUGCCACCAUCUUUCCAAGAAUAUUCCCGAAGAUGUAGCCUUUGCCGAAAGCCGUAUUCGCGCAGAGACAAUCGCUGCUGAAGACGUGCUUCAUGAUUUGGGAGCCAUCAGCAUGAUGUCUUCUGACUCCCAGGCCAUGGGCCGCUGCGGCGAGGUUAUCCUGCGCACCUGGAACACGGCACACAAGAACAAGCUUCAACGAGGCACUUUGUCCGAGGACGAGGGCACGGGCGCUGACAAUUUCAGGGUUAAGCGGUAUAUCAGCAAGUACACCAUUAACCCAGCAAUUGCCCAGGGCAUGUCGCAUCUCAUUGGCAGUGUUGAGACCGGGAAAAUCGCGGAUCUUGUCCUGUGGACUCCGGAUAAUUUUGGUACCAAGCCGAAGAUGGUUCUUAAAAGCGGCAUGAUCGCUGUUGCUCAGAUGGGAGACCCAAACGCUUCCAUCCCAACUGUCGAGCCUAUAAUCAUGCGUCCUCAAUUCGGGGUCCUCGUCCCCUCAACCUCUAUAAUGUUCGUUUCCGAGGCCUCUAUUUCUCAAGGCAUCGUUCAAACAUACAACCUGCGAAAACGUAUCGAACCGAUCAAGAACUGCAGAAACAUAGGCAAAGGGGAUAUGAAGUACAACGAUAUUAUGCCGAGAAUGAAAGUUGAUCCGGAAAGAUACACCGUCGAGGCAGAUGGACAGCUGUGCACUGCCGAACCGGCAACGAGCCUGCCUCUGACACAGCAAUAUUUCGUGUAUUGA